AAGUUAAAAUUUUAGUAACUUCUCAAUUUUUCAACUGAUUUUUAUGAUAGUAUAAUUGCUUUAGUUUUAGAAUCUCAUGGGCCAGUUUUCCUCUUUAGUUCCCUGCCUGCACCCUUUAAGCAAAUGGCAUUGUCUGAGGCAUAUUCCUUGGAGAAUGUUAUACAAGCUUCUCUUAGGUGGUAUAGGAACAGUAAUGGAAUAUGUGUCUUAAUAUUACACUAAGAAGAUACUCUGUUUCAUAUAUAGUGAAAAUGAUGUGCUUUUUAUUUUUCUAAGACAGAUAAAAUAGGUCUUUUUCGUCAGAAAGGCAAAUCACAUAUUCGACUAGUAGCGAUAUUUGGAUUUUCAAGCCCUAACAAAGAGUGCUUUUGACAAACUUUUAUGUCAGUUUUGCAGUUAGAUCAGUUCUGGUAUAUAGCCCUAUGCAGCCAUUAAUCAUUGCAUUCUCAGAGGAUGUUAAGGAUGUAGAAAACAGCUUAUAACAUCAAAUAGAAGACAAAACAAAAAUUAUUUGGUUCAUAAUAAAUAUAUAUUCCAGGUGACAACAAUGCAGCCUUUUGUACAUUUGUGUAGUGUCUGGAGUUGGGAUGGUUUCAUUCACUUUUGUUUUCACUGAAUCUGGGACUCAUUUUUACCCUGCUGUAGUUAAUACUGAUCGAUUCGUAGUUUUAGUGAUCUUAGUGAUUGAUGCUCAGUCCUUUGGAUCAUAAUUGCUUUCUAUAUCCACUCUACUCAUAUAAAUCUGCCUCUUUGCUAACUCCCAUCCAAUUAGCCUGCAUUUAUUGAAGCCAUACCCUGUGCUAAAUGCUAUGGGGAAAUAAAAAUGAGUAAGAGAUGUUUCUAGUCCUCAAGUUGUUAAUUAUACACUUUUUCUUCUGCCAAAUUCUUUCCCAUCUUAAAAUGACCUUCCUCCUUCCCUCUAAUUUUCUGUACCGUUCUAGGCUCUAAUGUGAAUUGUAGACAGCUCUUUUCAGAGGCCUUUCUGUAACCUAGGUAUGCUUUGUCGAUUCAUCGUUUCCUAUCGGUACUUACUAUUGUAUACAUAUUUUGUUUAAUAUCUCACUUUUACAUAUGUUAAUCAUGAGAUCUUCAUACAUACCUGCUGAAGUUGGCAGGCAGUAGAGCUAUAUCUCUUUUGCCCGUGAAAAACUUAAGACUCAGAGAGAGGAAAUAGGAUCUCUUAGCAGUUAUUUUAUUUUCUCCCAGUCUCCUCCAACCCUAGGCACCCACUAAGCUACUUUCUGUUUCUAUGGAUUUGCCUAUUUUGGGUACUUUAUACACAAGUCAUACAAUAUGUGGCUUUUUGUGUCUGUUUUCUUUAACUUAGUGUAAUGUUUUUAAGGUUUAUCCAAGUAUGUAUCAGUUCUUCAUUUUUAUGGCUGAAUAUUCCAUUUUAUGGAUAUGUCACACUUUAUUCAUCAGUUGAUGGACAUUUGGAUUGUUUUCACUUCUUGAUUGUUAUGAAUAAUGCUGCUAUGAACAAUUGUGCACAAGUUUUUGUGUGGACAUGUUUUCAUUUUUCUUGGGUAUAUACCUCAGAGUGGAAUUGUUGGGUCAUAUGGUAACUCUGUGUUUAAUCUUUUGAAGAACUGCCAAACUCUUCCAAAGCAGCUGCACCAUUUUACUACCAGCAGUGGUGUAUGUAUAUGAGGGUUCUGAUUUCUCCACAUCCUUUCCCACAUUUGUUACUGUCUUUUUGAUUAUAGUAUGAAUCCUCUGACUUCUUUUUUUUUUUUUAAUUUGUUUUUGGCUGCAUUGUGUCUUCGUUGCUGCACUCGGGCUUCCUCUAGUUGCGGCAAGCGGGGGCUACUCUUUGUUGCGGUGCGCGGGCUUCUCAUUGUGGUGGGUUCUCUUGUUUCGGAGCACGGACUCUAGGCGCACUGGCUUCAGUAGUUGUAGCACAUGGGCUCAGUAGUUGUGGCUCGUGGGCUCUAGAGCGCAGGCUCAGUAGUUGUGGUGCACGGGCUUAGUUGCUCUGUGGCAUGUGGGAUCUUCCCCUACUAGGGCUCAAACCCGUGUCCCCUGCAUUGGCAGGCGGAUUCUUAACCACCACGCCACCAGGGAAGCUCUUUUUAAUUCUUUUUUAAGAUUGUUUUGGCUGCAUUCCUUGAAUUUCCAUAUGAAUUUUAAGGUCUAUUUGUAAAUUUUUGCAAAUGAGCAAAAAAAGUCAGCUGGGAUUUUGAUAUGGAUUGGCAAUUGUUGAAUCUGUUGGGGAACAUUGCCAUCUUAACAAUAUCGAGUCUUCUGAUCUAUCGACAAGGGAUACCUUUCUAUUCAUUUAGAUCUAUUUUAAUUUCUUUCAACAAUGUUUUGUAGUUUUUAGAGUCUAAGUUUUGCAUCUUGUUAAAUUUAUUCCUAAGUAUUUUAUUCUUUUUGAUGCUAUUGUAAACGUAAUUGUUUUCUUAAUUUCAUUUUCAGAAUGGUAAUAGACUCUUAACAUACUUUUUUUUUUUUUUUCAUUUAAUGCCUAGCACAAGUCCAGGAGGUGGGUAUAAUUUCUCUUUGCGAAUGAGAAAAUAAGUUCAAAGAAGUUAAAUGAUUUUGCCCACAGGGCAACCAAGGUAGUAUUUCUGAGACUACAUCUGGAUGAAUGAGGAGGCAGGUCACCCAACCUGACUGCAAACCUUUGCAUGCUUUGUGUUUUCCCUUUGAAACCCAGCUGCGGUACCAGGUAGGGAAAUGCAGGGUGUCUCAAGUGAAUGAGAUAUUCAGGCACGAGAGGUGGAUCUUACAGUGAUGACAGGGGUGCUACAUCCUGCCCUACUUCUUAAGCCUUCAGGAAGUAUUUGGAGGCAUUUGAUAUAGUGAUUAAAGGCCCAGGCACUGGGUUUGAGCUCUGGCUUCACUACUUAACUUGCUAUCUACCACAGCAAGUUAUUUUGAUUCUCUAGCUUUCAUUUUCAUCUUCUAUAAAGUCAAGCAGUUAUAAGCCCUGCCUACUUCAUAGGGUCGUUAUUAAAAGGAUGAAGUCAAAUACUAUUCAUGUUUGUAAAACUCAGAGCCCAGGGCCUGGCACAUAGUAAGUGUUCAGUUAAAUGUUAAUUUGUAAUUGUUCUGUUGCUUAUAAUUUUAUUCUUAUUCAGUAUUCAUUUUUCUCUCUUCAGUACAAGUUCAGGGAUCUAACUGUGGAAGAACUGAAGAAUGUAAAUACGUUUUUCCCACAUUUCAGAUAUUCCAUGGAUACCUAUGUUUUCAAAGAUAGUUCCCAGAAAAACCUGCUGAACUUCACCGGCACUAUUCCUGUGAUGUAUCAGGGUAAUACAUAUAACAUACCAAUUCGUUUGUGGAUUUUGGAUUCUCACCCUUUUGCUCCCCCCAUUUGCUUCUUAAAGCCAACUGCAAAUAUGGGAAUCUUAGUUGGAAAACAUGUGGAUGCUCAAGGCAGAAUAUACUUGCCGUAUCUCCAAAACUGGAGCCAUCCUAAAUCUGUCAUUGUUGGAUUAAUUAAAGAAAUGAUUGCCAAGUUUCAAGAAGAACUUCCCCUGUAUUCUCUGCCAUCAUCUGAUGAGGCACAGCAGGUAGACUUGCUAGCCUAUAUUGCAAAAAUCACUGAAGGUGUCUCAGAUGUAAAUUCAAAGAACUGGGCAAAUCAUGAGAAUAAAACAGUCAAUAAAAUUACUGUGGUUGGCGGUGGAGAACUGGGAAUUGCCUGCACAUUAGCAAUUUCAGCAAAGGGCAUUGCAGACAGACUGGUCCUCUUAGACCUCUCAGAAGGGACUAAAGGAGUGAUAAUGGACCUUGACAUAUUCAACCUGCCUAAUGUGGAGAUCAGCAAAGAUUUGUCUGCCUCUACUCAUUCCAAGGUGGUGAUCUUCACAGUCAACUCUCUGGGUAGUUCUCAGUCCUACCUCGACGUGGUACAGAGAAAUGUGGAUAUGUUCAGAGCCUUUGUUGCAGCUCUGGGACAUUAUAGUCCACAUGGCAUCCUGCUCGUUGCAUCUCAGCCAGUGGAAAUCAUGACCUAUGUGACGUGGAAACUGAGUGCAUUUCCUGCAAAUCGAGUGAUUGGAAUUGGUUGCAAUCUGGAUUCACAGAGAUUACAAUAUAUUAUUACAAAUGUUUUGAAGGCACAGACUUCAGGAAGAGAAGUAUGGGUUAUUGGUGAGCAGGGAGAAGACAAAGUGCCCACAUGGGGUGGCCAAGAGGACGUAACAAGGCAUAACUCUCAGGUGCAGCUGUCCAACAGAGCCAUGGAACUGUUAAGAGUAAAAGGUCAAAGAUCCUGGUCUGUUGGACUGUCAGUAGCCGACCUGGUUGACAGUAUUGUGAAUGAUAAAAAGAAAGUGCAUUCUGUAUCAGUUUUAGCAAAGGGAUAUUAUGAUAUAAAUAGUGAAGUGUUUUUAAGUUUGCCUUGCAUCCUUGGAACCAGUGGAGUGUCUGAAGUCAUCGGGACCACAGUGAAAGAAGAUACAGUGACUGAGAAACUCCAAAGCAGUGCAUCAUCAAUACAUAGUCUCCAGCAACAGUUGAAACUUUGAUGCUAAAGUUCAGAGUUACUUGAAAGGAAAGGUCGUUAAAUUUUACCAACAUAUAUAUAGGGCUGAGAACUUCUGUGUCUUAUUAUUUAUCCUUACAAACUGCUUGGUUAAGGUAGAUGGUUUCUUGGUUGGCUUUGUAAUAUGAAUCCUUAGGUAGUUAGAUAAGAAGGAAAAAAAUCUAAUUUUCUUUGUUGUUCUUGAGAUAUCUAUACUGUUCUUUAAACCUACAGCAGAGAUAAACGUUCAUCUGCAAUAUGCAUCGUUUUAAAAUUAUGUAUCCUCAAUUAGCACCUUUAGCACUUUGGGAAUACUUUGAAAAUGAUACAUUUUUAAAGGAAAAUUACUCUUUGACUGUUAUAAUAACCAUGAUAAGCCGAAAGCCAGUAUGGAUUUACAAAAUCUGUGCCAGCUAUACACUCAAAGGAUCCACAAUUUAAGCUAUUAAUGUUUCUUCUUUAAAAACAGUGGGUAGUAAUGAUAAUAAAGCAUUUUGUUUUCCCUCUUCAAAUUGAUUAGCUACCAAAAAAAUGGAAAAGAAUUUUACACGUACUUUAAAAUAGUAAAAAGGAAAAUGAAAUUUUUUAAUAUAUGAAGAAAAAGUGUACUUUAAUUUCCAGUGGGACUGUCCUUUCUGGAAUUUUCUAUAACCUCUUCCUAGGCUAUAUAAGAUCUCCGACAUCUCAAGAAUGCACUGUGACAUCAGUAGAACCAUAGAGAAUGUGUAUUUUUAGUGGAAGUAGGUUAUGAAUGAAAGCCAAGCAGUUUAAAGCCAAAAUAUGAGGCUUUCGUAAAAGCCAUUGGUCUUAAUGGGGAGAGGUUGGGUGGGCUGAUUGUCUGAGCAAAUCCUUUAACUACUCCUGAAGAAAUGAUUUACUUUGGUGAUGGGUCAAUAAUGACAAUAUCUUCAUAUGUGAAAGAUAGCAUAUUAUUACGAAUGUGAUGCACAGCUAAGAGCAAGAACUAACAUCAACACUUCUAGUAUUUCUGGCAAUGUGAAUGAGCACUUUAUUGUUUUAUUCCUCAGGAUUAUUUAUUAAUCCUCACAGUAACCCACUGAGGAAGGUACUAUUAUCAUCAUUUUAUAGAGGAGGAAAUUGAGGUUUAGUGCCCAAGAUCUCAUGACUAAGGGACACUUACAUACAACCUCUACUUUUUCUAAGUACGAGAAGAGGGAAAAAGCAUAAAAGCGGAAAUAGUUACCACAAGACCCUAAAGCUGGGGUUCUAUACUCUUAUAUUCUCAUGUAGGGGCUUUUUUUUUCAAUAUAGUUUUUAGAAAGACUGAUUCUCUGACUUCCCAGACUUGCCCUCAGCAAAUAGCUGGGGGGAAUGGGGGAGGUAUGCACUGAAGUAGGCGUUUAGUUAUUUAGUCAUUCAGUUAAAUAAGUGGGAGCCUGCCAUACACCAGGUGCCAUACUGGGCACUGCAGAUACAGUGGUGAGCAAACCUGGACUAGGUCCAAGCCCUCAUGGUGCUUAUAAUCUAGUAUGGAAACAUAGUAAUCAAGUCUCACAAGUAAAUGUCCAAUGCAAGUGUAAUAAGUGCUGUGAAGAAGUCCCAGGUGCUUUGAUAGCAUAUUAUAGGUAACCCAAACCUGGUCAAUGAGAUAGGAGCCAGAUGGAUUAUAUGGUCAGACAUACCUUAGGUAGAGAGGAAACAGUCAAACUAAUGCUGAUUUAGAAUAAUAAUGGAUGCUUAUAAUGAUGAGCUUAAAUCAUAAAGAAAAGGUGAAAUUAUAUUCAGUGUUCCAUGUUUAAGUAGAAAAGUAUUUAAUAUGCUUGGAAAGAUUCACACUAUAAUGAACUAGUGUAAAAACAUUGGCCAUUUGAAGAGAAGAGCAUUAGUUCUGUGUAAUUUCACUGCAUGGGUAGGUUAUUUUGGUGUUAACUCUAAUAGUAUAUCCUCACUGUCCUUUUGUAUGAAAUAAGAAAUUAAAACUAAAAGGACCAUUUCUUGUGUUUUUAAAGUCGCCUUUUCUAAUAUCAGAUACCUAAUUGUGCUCUUGAACAAUAACCUAAUUACAAGAUACUGUAUAAAUAGAUGAAUUGCUAAGAAUUCACUACAUUAAUUAUAAAAGGAACAUGUCACUACAACAAUACUUAUUGCGUCUACUGUUAUUCCGGGUACUGUGUUAGAAUCUGAGAAGUGAAAAGAUGAGUAAUAAUAGCCCUUGCCCUACAGAAGCCCACAAUAUAGAAGUAAUUCUAUCAGAUAUUUCCUUGAGUGUUGAGUAUUAUAAAUCAUAUAGUAAGUUCCAUAUAUAAGUCAAGAAGCAGUACCACCACCACCUCACUGUGAUUUGGUGAUAAUUUGACAUUCAUGAUGCUUCUAUUAACUUUCACUUUUUUUCAUCUUUCCAAAAUCAUGCAGUGUCUCUUAUGGUUUUUAAUGGGGCUUGGAUUAAAAUGCUUCUUUGAUAUUGUAACAGAUAAAUAUUUUAUUUUCCAAUUUACAUUGUAGUUAUUCUUAAAUAUCAAGAAUAUUGAAUAAAAUAAACUUUGACUUUAAAA